CACAGGUCAGGUACAUGGGAGGAGGAGUCUUGGGGAACCUGAAUCCAAACACAGGAAGCUCGAAAAUGGUGUUUUUCGCCGAGUAAAAUAAAACAAACAAAUCCUUUUUUGUGAGCAGAAGCUAAAGGUACAGGAAGAUGCCAGAGAGGGGUGGACAUGAGAGGACUGACAGGUAUGCAGAGCACAAGAGCAGAGAGAGGGACACUUCACACACUGCACACCGCCACCCGAUGGAUAGUGGCAGGGACAGAGAGGAGAGGAGCACUGCUGGUGACAGGAGAGGAAAACAAAAAGACUUCUCCAGCAGACAGAGGGACAUGACAAGCCCCUCUCACAGGGACGCACCUGCUUACAGAGAUCAUCAAGGGCCCUCGAGACUGUCCAGAGAGACAUCAGUGUAUCCCUCUGAGCUGGAGUAUUAUGAGCAGCAGCACAGACAAGCCCUUUACAACCUCAAAUACAUCUUAACAAGUAGAGGUCUCUGCCAGGUUAUGGAGGUCUUUGUCAAUCUGCUAAUAGUCAUCUGUGCAGGGGUGACCUACAGCAACUCCGGGGGCUACCGUGACCUAGCCAGCCUUGGAGGACUCUACCAUUAUUAUUAUGGUGGAGCGCAAGCCUUCACCGGGGCCGAUGCAGACAGGGUGAAGGAGCUGGACCAACUUUUUCACCAGCUCAAGCGGCCUCCGUACAUCUUCACCAUGGCUUGCGCCGGUGUCCUGAUGGCCUACGCCUGUGCGAUGCUGGUCCUGGGGGUUUUCAGAGUGCCUUACCGCUGGCCCCCUGUGCUGCUGGGGGAGGCUCUGCUUAACCUCCUGAUCGGCCUGGGCUACAUCCCCGCUCUGGCCUUCUACUUCAUCAAGCUGAAGGAAACCUACGACAGUGCCAUCUGCAAGGAGAGGGAGCAGCUCUACAAGAGUAAAGCAUACCAGGGCUUCGAGUGCCAGUAUCACGGGGCAGAUAUUGCAGGAGGCCUCUUCGGGGUCCUGGGAGUCUUUGUUUUCCUCUUGGGUGCAGUGUUGGCUUUCAGAGCUUUCAGGUCAGUGCGGGAGUUAAAGAAGCAGAGGACAAGAGAGGACGGCAACUUGUAAAAGCCCUUUUUCUUCUCGCCUCAUUUGAACAAAAGAGGGGAUUGAGUUGAAAUGUGUCUGCUGAACAAAAAGCAUGGACUUUUUAUUCCCUCAUAUUUGUUACUGUACAUCAACUCAUCUUAAAUGUGAAUCCUCUUUUUGUCCAUUUUAAGAAAUACACUUUAUUAAUGUUUUUAUUAAUGAUUUGUAUUUCUCUUUAUAUUUUUACCACUUUUAUAAUUAGCACAAUGGUGUAGGAUCUUUUAUACUUGUUACGUUUAGUCAUAAUAAACUACUGAAGAGCUA